AUGGGCAGGUUGCAAGCCUCUAGCCCCAUGAGAUUCUGGGAGAACUUCCGUUCUCCCGGAAACUCGUGGGACUUGAGUACUCAUCAACACCCUGGCGAAGCUCUUUACACGUUAUCUGUCGGAAUGCAAGGAUUGAAAGUCUUGGAUGAAGGACAGGCAUGCGAGCAAGCAGGGUUUCGAAAAGGAUUCAGCACCAUUGAAGACCACAUUCACACUGUUUCGAACCUCAUCGAGGUAUCACGAGAGUACAAGAUGCCGCUCUGUCUCACCUUCAUCGACUUAAAGAAGGCCUUCGACUCAGUUGAGACGGAAGCGGUCGUGGAUGCCUUGGACAACCAAGGCGUCCCUACUCAGUACAUAAAGGUACUUCGAGAGUUGUACAGUAACUUCACGACCGGAAUUUCGCCAUUCUACAAGAACAUCAUCAUUGACGAGAAGAGGGGGCCAGAGUGA